UCGGUUAGAGAUCUUCUUUCAUUGUCGUUCACCAGUUGGCCACGAGGUCAUUUCUUGCGGGCGUAGAUGGUGUGGCGGCGAGGUCAGCCAACCGUAUCAGAGGAAUCGUUCUAUAUAUUUCCCAGCCGUAGCGGCCAGCUUCGCGAAACUCUUUCGCGAAGUCUAGUGAAUAUUUUAAGACCGACAAGAGUCCGCCGCCGCCGCCGCCGCAUGUAGGAAGAGGAGGCGAGGGCUGAUUCACACUGGUCGCCGUUUCGCACGUAGGAGGAUCAGGGAAACGGCAGUGAGGAUGCUGCUACGAGCCGCGUACGCUGCGUGGACGCCGAACCACCAUCGUCGGGGGAACGGGCCGACCUAGACGAUUAUCGAGGCAGCUUGUUCACCGACCAGCUUUUCGCCGACUGGUCGAGCGCGGAACAAGCUCACAAGCAGCCAUCGAGAAUCAGAGAUAGGGUUAGACGAAGAGGGGGAGAAACGACGAGUGAAAAGAGUGAGAAAGAGAGGGCCACAUUCCGAGCGGAUCACGGAUGCUUAUAGAAGCGUUGCGUAACGGCGUCAGACGGACGGCGAAACCGCGGCUGCUGGCCCGUCGAGUUUCGACAAGUUCGACGAAAAACCCGCUCGCGUCCUCUUCUGGCAUCGAGGCGGACGUCGAACGGCCGCGGACCGAUACUCGCGCCCAUCUCCGACAGUGUGCUGAUCCUCUCUGCCGUUCGUCGUGCGUCCAAUUUCCUACGCGCCACUGAUCGAACCGAUUAAUCGAACCCCCGCAUCCCCUGAUCCCCCCACCCCUAUCCGCGUUUCAUGACUCCAGUGAACAGUGCGAGUGCGAGUGUCAGGAUCAGGACGAUCGACCGCGGUGAUCAUCGCGGUGGUGAGGCAGAAAGAGGAAGUGAAGUAGGAUCAUAGAAGAACGUGUUAGGAGUAGAGAGAGAGAAAGAGAGUGAGAAAAUAAAAGAGGAAAGAGGUGGCUCGCAGAGGGUUGAAAUUCCCAACGGGUGGAUCGAUCCCGCGUGUCCCAGUGCGUUUCAAGGCCACGCGAACUCCGCUCGACGAUCACCCUUCUCGCGGCUGCGAUCCCCUACGAACGGACAGCAGACUCGAGCCUCGACGUCGUCGUCGUUUCGCAUCUCCGCUCCUCGUAUGCCGUCCGAGCAACCGCGACUAAAAUUAACCCGUGUCGAAUCUUAGAGCAUUUCUGAUCUAGCCGAAUGCUUUAGCACCGAAACAUCGUAUUUAUAGAUCGUACACAAGCGAUAACAAAGGGAAGAAAAUACCAAAAAAUAAAAAUAUAAAAAAGAAUCUUGACAAAUUCGAACCGAACGACGAUGCUCGAGUCUCGACGAUCGUAAAGGUGCGCGGUGUCUCGGUGAACGUGAAAAACGCGGUUUUCGUCACACGGGGUGAACGGUGGUUUUUCUUCGGUGAUCUUGCAGAGAUCCGUUGGUGAAACGCGUGAGAGAAGAAGAAACGUGGAGACGAACAGGAAGGAUGAUGGAUCAACGUCCAAAGGGACGGUUGUGCGAUCGUUGCUAACCGGCGGGCACGAUAACGUCCACGAUAACGACCACGACCAAGACGAAGACGCCGACGACGACGACAACGACGACAACGACAACGACGACGACUACCACGAACACGAGGAAGAAGAAGAAAAGGACGAAGAUUAGGAGACACGUGGUGGGGAAAGAACGAGAGGUAGAAGGAGGUGGUGGAUGAAAAGAAGGAGGUGGAAGAGACGAGAGGCGGUGAGAAGAGAUGCAGCAACAGCCACAGUCUGGCCAACAGUCCGGGGCACCGAACGGGGUGGCAGGUGGUGCCCAAUUGCCUCAAACAGGUGGCAUCGGCUCGGCCCAACCUGGAGCGACAGGUACCACCACGACGGUGUCCAAUCGUGCCCAGGUUAACGGCGGCAGAUUCGAUUUCGACGAUGGCGGCACCUACUGCGGCGGUUGGGAAGAUGGAAAAGCGCACGGACACGGCGUUUGCACCGGACCCAAGGGCCAAGGUGCCUACUCCGGUAGCUGGCACUAUGGAUUCGAGGUCUCCGGUGUCUACACCUGGCCUAGUGGGUCUGCGUACGAGGGCCAAUGGCAGAAUGGAAAACGACACGGGCUGGGCAUGGAAACCCGUGGACGCUGGAUUUACCGUGGCGAAUGGACUCAGGGAUUCAAGGGUCGAUACGGUGUCAGACAAUCGACCACGUCCACGGCGAGGUACGAGGGCACGUGGGCGAGCGGCCUUCAGGAUGGAUACGGUUCGGAGACCUAUGCGGACAGUGGGACGUACCAGGGACAAUGGUGCCGUGGAAUGAGACACGGUUACGGGGUCAGGGCAAGUGCACCGUUCGGUUUGGCCAGCCAUUACAAGCCAUCGAAGCAAGUCAGGGCGUCCUUAACGUCGUUGAGGAGCGCGGAUGGCGGGGGUGCAGCUGCGCCGACACCGGAACCAACAGACAGGAGGGAUCGUCGCGUCGACGACAGCAGGGGUGGUUUUGUUUUAAAAGCUAGGAGCGACGAUCCUCCCGCGCGCAGAAAGAGUCUCACCGAGAAGUCUUUGAAGAAAGGCAUCCUUUCAGGUCUAAAGAUUCGAAAACAGAGGAGUACCGGUGACCUGGAGAAACGUGGCACUACCGGUGGCGGAAGUAUUAGAAGCAACGCCAGCUCGGCUUCCUGGAUGUCGACGGAGAGCUCGCAAAGCCAAGCCUCGGCGUCUGUUCACACGGACAGCAACGCGUCUUUCGUCAUCGAGGACGAGCAAAUGGACGCGUCAGUAACGGAGACGUACCUUGGCGAGUGGAAGAACGACAAGAGGACAGGUUUCGGUAUCUCGGAACGAAGCGACGGCCUGAGAUACGAGGGCGAGUGGUUCAACAAUCGAAAGUACGGUUACGGUGUGACCAAGUUUCGCGACGGUACCAAAGAGGAAGGCAAGUACAAGAACAACGUGCUGAUCACCAGCCAGAAAAAGAAGCACCUGUUCCUAAUCAGAUCGGCGAAGUUUCGCGAGAGGAUAGAGGCGGCGGUAAGCGCGGCUCAAAGAGCCAGCAAGAUUGCUCUUCAGAAAGCGGAUAUCGCCAUCUCGAGAACGGCUACAGCUCGAGGAAGAGCCGAGUUAGCGGACAUCGCGGCGGAGCACGCGAGAGAGGACUCGGAGCUGGCCCAACAGACGGCGAAGCAAUUCGCUCCGGACUUUCGGCAGCCUGGCCUGGAACGGUUGCGGAACAGGGAGAUACCCAAGUACGUGCCACCGCCCCAGGACACCGUGCCAGGGAAGAGUAUCCUCCAUAAAACUGGCAGCGUAGAUCAGCCAGGUAGCACGCCCAUGAAGAGUUCUGCCUCGGCUGCGGAAGCCACGUCUACGACUACCACCUCGGCCACCUCUACCGCCAGCAACGUGAUGCAAUCCAUCAGGAGAGCGAGCAUGAAACCACAGACGUCCAAUCAGCUGCCGCAGAAUCAGCUGCCACAAAAUCAACUGACUCAGAACGAAAUACCUAAUCAAGUGACUCCUGCUCAGUUGGUCAAUCAGCUGCCCAUGAGUCAGUUGAACCAGACCACCAUGGGUGCUCAGAAUCCCUACCAGACACAGUAUCCUCAGUCGAUGGCUCAGAAUCCUGUUCAACAGUAUCCUAACAGUAUACCGAAUCAGUAUCAGCAAGCGAGCCAAUUCCAAACCGGUCAGUACGCUCCUCAGAAUCAGUAUCCUGGCCAAAGUAGCCCGUACAAUCAACCGCCGUAUCAACCUAUCAGCCCGCCACAGGUUGAUCAGUAUUUGUAUCAACAGCAACAGCCACUAGGGCCACAGGGCUAUCAGAACGUGCAGGCUUAUCCUAAUCAACAGACAACAGUACCGAAUCAAUAUGGGCCAGGUCAGAUGAAUCAAUACAAUUCUCAGCAGCUAUAUGGACAGCAACAACAACCACCGCCUCAGCAACAUCAACAGACGCAAAUUCAACAACAAUAUCAACCCGACGGUGUCGCAGAUUCGCAACGACCACCGAGUUCCACGAGUAUACGAAGAAACAGCAGGGUCCUUAGUCCCCAGGAUCGACCGGGCACCAUCGGGCAAACGUUAAACGACAGGCUAGAUCAUUACAAGAGGCCGCCCAGUCGUGAUAGUUCGGUAGAUCGUUACGCUAGAGCGCAUUCCCGGUUGACUGGAUCGAGACAGCCAUCCAUUGAUAAAACCGUCACGAACCCACCCCAGGACAUCCUCGACAGGUCAACGAGAGCACCAAGCGCGAUGCGAUCAGGCACACCGUUGAAUGGAUCGGUGGUUGGAAGUGGUACAGCGACGCCGACGUACGCCGCAUCGACUUCCAGUCAAUUCGAAGGGGCGCUUCUGAAGAAUCGUAACCUUGGACAAGACAUUUUGCCGAGUCAAGGUCAGCCUAAACGUACGGAAAGCCUGUACGUAACACCGGGACGAGGACCGACCGUAUCCGGUGGCGCAAGUGGCGGCGGGGGCGGCUUACCGAAGGACGCAGGCCGGACGGUCCCCGCCUUCGCCGCAGCGUCCAAGGGCCGCGCAACCCUCUGAGUAUAAGUAUUAUAAUAAUAUGUACACAACCGGAAACACAAACAUACCUACAUGUGCACCUAACGCAAACAUAUACACACACGCACACGCACACUGCGAUAGAAUAUCGAGAAAAAUUCUUUCGUGUUUCGUCACGAAUCAGAACAAUUUAAGAUGGGCUAUCGAUAGAGAGCAGACCUUGGAUUUUCGAAUGAAAUUAAGAAUAUUCACUCGAGAUAUUGAUAUAAUAAUCUGUACUAAAGAUGGGUAUAAUUUAACCCUCGAACGCUGACGGACGGGUUAAUUAUAACCCAGAUUUACAAAAGGAGUAUUCCAGUUUUCCUCGAAGGAGAAGAUAAAUCGAAAAUUAAUAUUUUAAACGGGCGAAUCAUCGAAGUAGACUUUGCCUUCGUUCAAAAAUCCUUGGUCUAUCCGAAUCAAAUAGUUCCCUAUAAUUUCUCGAGGCUCGAUGAACAUUCCAAUGAAUUCACUCUGAAAACACGCAUUCCAAUUACCUGAUACAACCAGCGAUUGGUGUCUCUGUCCAACAUUUCGACGAUUUCAAUCUCGCAAAGAGAUUCGAUCAAUCGUAUAACUCGUUCGAUCUCUGAACGAACUCGACUCGUUUCAUGUAUAAAGUCACGGUUUACACGAGGCGACGUGUUAACGGGAACAGAGACCGGAACCGUUGUUUGGUGCGCGUCAAAGAGUAAAAUAUUUUCAGAUCGGCACUUUAGUCUCGACGAACUGCGCGUGCCAGACACCGGAAGCUUUUCACCGUAAGUCUAUCGUGACUCGGUUAACAUUCCAUUGAAAGAUGAAAUACAGAAAAAUGCAAACUGUAACGUAGAGAAAUUGUUUAGCGGACCAUCGAAUUAACGAUGUGAAAAAUUACAACCCGUUGAUCCGUCGAAUGGAUACGCGUUGUAAAACGAUCGGUCAAACUUUCAAAUUUCAUUUUUCAUUUUACCUUCUGUUUUCUUUCCUUUGCGCAAAAUUUAACGUACCAGUCACUGAUAGCCUCGAGACAGUGAACGCGUUAAUUGUUACUUUGAUCAAACCCUGGAACGGCGGAGCCUGGGUCAGUGAUAACCCAAAUCUACAAACCGUAUACAAUGAUACGCGAAUCGAAGUUGGACACAGAAAAGUUUGUCAGACUUUAAAUCGGGCAGAAAAUUCAAUUUAUAUCACUGUUGACGCAGUGGUCCUUCGGUCAAGGGUUAAAUUCUGUCAUCCCGUGGCAACGAGUCAUGAUUCAUCGAUGAUCCGAGUACCAUUAGUGCAGUUCGAAAGGUGUAUCGCGGUUGAAAUUGAUUUCAAUUUCAUUUGACUUUUCUUACCAGACGAAUCGUCGCCACGGUUUUUGCAAAUUUUAUUUCCAAACAGAGAUGUCGAGAUUCUCAAAGUGUGAAGACACUCGUACCUGGUCAUAGAUUGUUCACUAGCUCUACCGUGUAGAUAAUUCGCGCUGAAGAUCGAUAGACGGUCAACCCUUUCAUCCUCGAAUCGAAUAUUUCAUAUUGGAAAUUUGGGAACGCUAAGAAAAGGAACAGGAGUGAAUAUUUCUUCUCGAGAUUGAAAGGGUUCACGUCGAAUCCGGGCAUUGAACGAAACGAGGCAACGUUCUAUCCGUCUUCUUGUCAGAUACAGAAUUAUUUUUCUAUACGAGAAGCACAAUAGACGUAGCGGAAUGGAUGAACAAAUAUUUAUGAUAGUUUUAACGAACGACGAGUGGUGGUGGACUGUGCUCAAUUUGUCGUCGUUAUUGCGAUCCGUUUCAUCGAUCGACUGUUAAUUCAAUGAUACAAUGAUUUUCGAGUUGCUUAAUCCUUACUCGGUCAAGGUGAUUCAAACCCAAGACGAUUCGCGCGCAUACUUUUCUUUUCAAUCAUGCAUAGAUCGUACAAUUUGAAAACUCCUUUUAUCAGAAAAUGUGGAGCACUGUUUAAGAUACGAUCGCAAUAUCGAAAUGGAGGAAAAUUCACCUGAAUACCACGGGCUUUCGCGCCGAUCAAACGAUCGGCCGAUUAUUUGCUAUGAUUCCCUUCGUCUUUCUUUCUUUCUUCACCACGUCAAAGUAGUCUUCUUCGAGAACUCGAAGAUGGACGAAAAUGACGAGCACCCAUUUAAAGGGGUUACUUUGAAAUCACUGAUUCACCAACUAUCUGGUUAAGGUACAAGGGUUAACCUUGUCUGUGAAAUCUGAUAUUGGUUUCAACGUAACCCCGUCUGAACACAUGCACAGAAAACGAUCUUCGAUUCACCAAAUUGCACGGUGUUACGUCCAUUAAUCGAUUGAAGUAACGCGAUGAUGAUGAUGAUGAUGAUGAUGAUGUUAACGUCCAUUAAUUAAGCGAUUCGAGGGAUUCGAAAGGUAAGGUUCACGCGCGGUGUGGAGGCGGGGACCGGUUUUCCACCAAUCAUAUAUCGCAUAUACUGUCUCUCCAAUUUUGUUCUUUGACAAGCUUCGAACCCUACAACGAAGAAACCCUAAUCCCCUUAUUUUUCAAAUUCGAAAAUUUCUCUACCCCGUUCGUCAGUGUUAAAAUUCGUUCUCCGUCCCUUAAUACGUAUACGAAAAUCAACCCCUUUUCCUUGUUCCACGUUUCGUGACUUCGAACGAGCAACAGGAUAAUAAUCUUCACCCUCCACCUCCACGCCGCUUGUUUUCUUCCUGUUUUUUGAUCAGAAACAUUAUUUUUCUAACGCAUGCUUCUAUAUGACGUAGCGUCACUCUAUGAAGUCUAUAUAUAUAUAUAUAAUGAUAAUAUUGUACCAGUUCCACAGAAUGGGAUGUACACGUUAUGUAUAUACACACACAUACCAGAUACCCAUAUAUUAUAUAUAUAUUUCGUAGAAGUUUAAGUACGAGGAGAUACGUAGUGCGAAAAUAAUCAAUUAGCUGGCAAUACUGUAAUAAAAAGAACGACGAUGGUUCACCAUUUCGAGAUCCUUUCGUAGGCUUCGUUUAUAAAUGUCUAAGAAAAACUUUUCUUCAUUUUUAUUUAACGUAAGUAAAAUUAGCUGAGGUGUGCUGGUACCCGAAAUUAAGGGUCGUUUAUAAAACUUUUUAAACAAAUCAUCUUUGAAAUCGAGCUUAGGUACUCAAUAAUUUUGGGUACCCUCACGUUCCUAGCGUUUAUAGAAAGUUUCAAAAUCCUGACUCGUCAUUUCGAGAACUGGCACACUCCAACAAAAUUAGAUGUUUCUACGACACGAUAGAUAUUAACAUUCUUUUUCUUUUUAUUUUUUUUUUUUUUUUUUUUACGUUAUUCCUCGAAGAGGUUGAUCCACGUCAGUGAACAAGCACAAAACGUCGGUACCAAAUGUGCAUUACUAAACCCGUGAAAAUAAUACUACUCGUGUGCAUUAGGUACGACCCAACACACAUCCACACAAGGUAUUAGAUCUCUAUUUUAAUCGCUUAGUUAUUCACAAGUACAAUUACGAACGCCUUUGGUGCGCCACGUUGAAUUUCCCUAAUACAUACACGUUUUUUAACGAUCCAAGAGUUAAUGCCAACGUAUUUUACGAGGACGUGCGUUCAAAGCACUUCUUUCGACGAAACAUAAUAAUAAUAAAAAAGAAACAUUACCUAAUUCUUAACACGUUGCUCAAGGUAUAAGGUCGAAGUGUAAUUAAGAAUUUUUACGGGAACCUUUUUAACUGUUUCUACGCGAACAAAAAUAAAAAAAAAAACAGAUCACGAGCUUUUUUACACGACGAAAGGGAAAGUGGAGGAAACAGCAGUUGGGAAAUUUUUAUGAAAUAUCUUACAAUUUGUCUGUUCAACGUGGUCGCAAUUGUACCUCAACAACGGUCGUGCCUAAAUAAGUGAGCGAAUUAAGAGUUCGAUAACGAGGAUCGAAUGAAACCUGGAAUCUUUUUCGACAGGGAACGAAAAUAAUUUUGAGGACGUAGCUCGGUUGAAAUUGAGUCUACCCCAAGUUCCUUGACCGUUCGAACCUAUUUUUUAUGCGAAAUAACAGUCGGGGUUUGUUCGAGUGCCAAGCUUUUCGAAAAGUGUCUUUCCUCGGGAGCCCGUUCUUGCGACAUGCGAUUCAACUGGGUAUCGCGCAAACAAAUGAAAUUUGAUCAUUUUCUAAUUGUCGAUCGAUUUUCUGCGCCAGUACAGCCGACAUUUUGGUACUGUGCAGGAUUAAAAAAUAAUCACGAGUUAUAUUUUACAAAAUGUUCCAAGUUUUAUUUUAUAAAAAUUAUUAGUAUAUCACGUUGUUCGCGUUAAAAUAAAAAUUUUAUCAUUUAUCAAGACCUACGAUAAUCAGAAUUGAAAAUUAAAAUAUUAAUUGUCGUAUAAAUGAAAAUCAAAUAGGAGUGGAGAAUUUUCAUUUACAACAAUUUGGAAUAUUCUAUGCGCGACGAGAUGCUCAAAUUUCGUUUCCAAUGUACUCAACGAAGCGAUAGAAACGAUUUAGAGAAGACAUUGAACGAAGAGUAUAACGUAGAAGGAGAUACGUAUUUUAAUAUCGAAAAACGAGUCGUAGUGUUGUAUUUAGAAAGAAUCAACGUAGAACGAUACACGCGUAAACGUACACGUAUGUAUGUACUUUCAGGUUGCAUUUCGAGGAACGAUUUCGAAGGGUCGCGUCUCUUACGUUAAUUAAACAACGAUGUUAAAAAAACGUUGGUUCGAUGUAUUGAGUGUGUAUUUAUGUAUAUGAUGUAAAAGCUGUUACUGGCCGACAGAUUAAAAGCAUGUCGAUUAGGAGGACUAUGUGGUAUCUGAAAUAUUGCUAACCUCGACCAUUCGCUAUUUCUUUUUUUUCUUUUUUUUAAUAAUGUUUAGGAAAAUAGUAUAAAAUUUAUUAUAUUCGAAUGAAAAAAAAUUUUAAAGCUCGAAAUCAUACGUUGGGUGAGCAAAGAUCCAAGGGUUAAAGGCUGAAAAACAAUUCACUGGGAACUCGAAGAGAACACGAGAAAUCUUAUCGUGUGCUGUACUUUGCGUAACAAAGUAAGCUCGGUUUAAUUGGACAUGACGGUCGUGCCAAGAAACGCGUAAAUUGACGGCGCUGGGUCUGCACUCGUCCAGACAAUAACGUAUUGGCGUGAAAACAACGGACGAUAUUUUUGUAGCUGGGUUCGCGAGAACGGAGGAGAAACACGAAUUCCUAAACGGCAUUGUUAAUGGCCUCGUUUACCCUAUUCGUUUCCGAGCACAAUGGCUCUUAUUCGCUCAUUUUUCUAUCGUAAAAGUUCUCCAUUUAUUUUUAUUCGACCAUGGAAAGUUGCUUUUGCUUCCUAUCGACAGACACGAUGUUUCAUCGACCAACACAUCGGUCCAACAGAAAUUACAAAACAUGUGAUAUUUUCUUCCUAUGUAUACGUAAUUCGGUCUCUUACGAAUCGAUAUAUACACGAAACGUAAACAAGAAAUCUGCAAUGCAAAACGUGCCACAACGAAGCCUCUAGAACGCCAUUUGCACAUUUAUGAUCGAUUGUAUCCCAGUCGGUUUGUAUGACAGGACGACCGAGUCAACGUCCCUCCUCGAGGAAUUCAUUCCACCGUAAAUUAGCUAUGUAAACCAGCUGGUCGAGACGAGUAGGAUAGAAAAUUCCGGAUAUCCGUUUGCUCGACAAAGAAUCGAAGAAUCGAGCACUCCAUGAUAAUUCAGAAGAGGAAAGAAAUUGUUAGAAAAAGAUAACGGUUGAAAGGAAAGAAAAAGGCGACGAUGGCUUGUCGUGACGGUUACCUCGCACAUUGAUAAGUAACGGGUCGAGAGAUCACGGUAAUAAAAUACCCUCGUGAAAUGAGUAUAUCGCGCCGAUUAACAAGGCUAAUUAGUGCUGCACUGUACGCGGACGAGCUUAAAAUUCGACGAUUAAUCGGUCGACUGUCGAAAGCAAACAUUCGACACGGUUCAAGUGCUCAUUUUGAAUUACAAAAUAGGCCGGACGCGUCGCUGAGGUUAUUUUAUGAGAGAAAUUAAAAUGAUUCAUUUGAACAGCUCGUCGAUAUUCAAUUAGAUGGCAUAUAAAACACCGAAUUUUUGAAGAAAUUAUGAUUAUAUAUUAUAAGAAAUGAUAAUUUAACGCCAUUAAUGGAGAAGGCUAUCAACUACUUUCUAAACUCCAAAGCCUAAGUACCGUGCGUCGUCGACCUUCCGGCAGAAGAACAAUUCUGUAUUGAAACAAUUGAAUGCUUGAUAAGAUAUCUGAUAUCAAUAUUCGCAGAAAUAUCGAUAACCUUUAAUUAACAAUAAGUAAUAUCUCAACGCAAUUAAUUCAAGAACAUAAAACAUUUACCGAAAGAGGAAAAAUAUAACAAGUUUAUGUAGUGUUUAUCAGUAUCAAUUUUUUUUUUAUUUCGACAUAAGAGAAAUUGAGUCAAAUUGAGACGCAAUGAAGAAAACAGAAAACGCAAAUGAAGAGAUAACCGAGGCCCAUUUUGGCGUGGCGAGGAUCGAGCACAGAAUUCUCGAAAACCUCGACGAAUUUAUUCGCAUGCCAACCACGUGAAUCAGACAGCCGCGAAUUGCAGGUUCGACUUUAUUUGCGCAACGAUAUUUCCGGUCGCGUUUCGACCGUGAACGAUCCCCGAUGAUUCUCGCCUUUGCAUCGCUUCUCUUUCCACCAUCUUUACCGUGUUGCAUAAACUCUACACGAUUCUUCGUUUAAGCCUUCCAUUAAUACCGAACGAUUUACCUUCUGAUCGAAUGAAUACGUUAUUCUUAUUUUAUAACCGAAGCUAUAUCAUUUUUUAUACAUUGCACUCGAUUGGUUGUAAAACGCGGAUCGUUCGUACAAAUUAUAAUUCUUGUGAAAUUCUUCACUAAUUAUCAAUUACUAAAUGAUGAGAUAAGAAAUUUUUCCGUUUCCGAUAGUGGAUGUAAGAAAUAUGUUAAAAAGGGUUGAAAAGAUUGAGAAAUAUCAGGAAGUUUGUUAAUUUCCAUUGAAUCGAAUCCCGUUCAAAGAUCGCGCGGACGAAAAUAAACGAGCGGUUACAGCGGCCCGAAAAAUCCCAAGUUCAAUGCUGAAAUGAAAACAAACAGUUCUGCUGUUCGUUCGGGUAGCGAAGUGUCGGUCGUAAACUGCUCAACAUCCGGUCACCAAAAUGCCGGGGCUCGACUAAAAAUACCGAUCGAUACCGAGCGUCCGUUGUGUUCGAUAGCGACGGAUUCUCUUCGUGGAUACCUAAAGUACAAAAGCUAACACGAAGAAAACUGUCCAACGACAAGAUGUGAUAAAUCAACGACAGAACCGACAGGAUUGACGAUUCUCUGGCAUCGUCGUCGCCAACGGUACACGGCUGACAGCGUCGGGACGCGUUACUAGCCGAUGCUAUUUCGACGUGAAAAUAGUGGGGCGUCUCUCUAUUUCGGUCGAACGAGCCAGGGCCGUUCAGUCUGCGGCCUAGCUUCCUCACCAGGAGGCCACGAAUCCGAAUUUCCUUACCUUAUCGUCGUGUUCUACAGGAAAAAUCGUUUUCCGUCCAUGAUUUGUUAAAGGAAAAAAAAAAACAGAAAAAAAACCAA